GCAUUUGUGUUGGAGUCAACUGUCCCACCUAUGUCUAUGGUCUUUGGUUUAUCAUAACUUCCUGUUUGUCGUGGCUCUGUGGUGAAAAGGCUUUGCAUUUUAAGCUAAAUUGCAAAAAUGUCAAUACAUUCAGGUGGAAAUAAUACUUCGAGAAGUAAUGUUGAAGAUGAUUAUGACACAGAUGUUAGUGGGAUAAUCGACAACCCGAAAAGAUUCAGCUUGGAAUCCUUGGAUCAGCCUGUUGACUCAGACAGUAGUCAUGAAGUCGUCAAGUAUAGGCCUUCACCAUUACCAGUCAAACAUUAUGAUGCUGAUACAACCGAGCCAGUUAGUUGUGCUAUUCAGACUUUGGAUGAGCUGUUGUCAUGGAAGCAAAGUGUGGCAAACCCAUUUAAUGUGGCAGCCGUCCCUCUGGCAGAGCGGGAACCUGCACUUCGCAGUUGCUCACGUCGCACCUUGGUAUCUCAUGACAUGAUGGGUGGAUACCUAGAUGACAGGUUUGUACAGGGGACAGAGGCAGAGGCUCCAUAUGCCUUCUACCACUGGCAGUACAUUGAUAUUUUCAACUACUUCACACACAACUUAGUGACCAUUCCGCCUGCUGUUUGGACCAAUGCUGCGCAUAAACAUGGAGUUCUUGUUCUUGGGACUUUCAUCACAGAAUGGACUGAUGGAGCAGUGACAUGUGAGGCGUUCCUUAAAGAAGACUUGUAUCAGAAAGUAGCUGAUAAGCUUGUUCAAGUUAGUCAUUAUUAUGGCUUUGAUGGCUGGCUCAUAAACAUAGAGAACACACUCAGUGAGGUUGCAGUGAAGUAUACACCUGUGUUCCUACGCUAUCUCACAGAUCAGAUGCAUGAACGAAUUCCUGGCAGCAUGGUCCUGUGGUACGACAGUGUCAUAGAGACUGGAGAGCUUAAAUGGCAAAAUGAAUUAAAUCAGUCCAACAGGGUUUUUUUCAAUGCAUGUGAUGGUUUCUUCACCAACUACAACUGGACAGCGCAAAACCUGCAGUGGAUGACUGCUAACAAUCACACCCAUGGCCGCCAGGCUGACAUCUAUGUGGGGGUGGAUGUUUUUGGUCGUGGCGAGGUGGUGGGAGGGAUGUUCGAAACCAAUAAGGCACUGGAAAUCAUCCGAAAGUACAACUUUUCUGCCGCCAUCUUUGCUCCUGGUUGGGUGUACGAGACCCAAGACAAGACUGAGUUUCGCCAUAAUCAGGAUAAAUUCUGGGAUCUGCUGAAAAACAGUCUAUACAUUCAUCGUCCAUCUGUACCACUGCCCUUCAUUUCUUCAUUUUGUCAGGGCUUUGGGAAUGCUGUCCAUUGGAAAGGAAAGUGGGAAACAAACAGGAAGUGGUUCAACUUAUCUGCCCAAGAAAUGCAGCCAUGGUACUACCGCGAGGAGCUGGGGGGUCUGGGCUGGGUGAGGAGCCGUGGUUGCCCAGAGGAUGCCUGGAAUGGAGCAUCUUCAUUACUGCUAGAUGGAUUCAUUCCUGCAAGUCAUACUUCACCAGUUUGUGCCAGGAUCUUCUCCCUUCAUGUGCCUCUUGCAUCCAAGACCCUGGUCAGCAUGGUAUACAAGUCAUUGUCUCACGUCACAGUAUCGCUGGAGCUCAGGAUGACACAUACUGGUGAUUUCCCAGAGGAGCACAGCCAUCAUAUGAAAUUAACAAGUAUUUCUCCAGCUCUACUCGAUGAAGAAGAUGAGUCAGUACGGCAGUUGACACAUCUACAUGGAAAUUUGGAUACCGGUUGGACAGUGAGGUUUUGGAAGUUGGACUUUUUGGGCUUUAUUCUUCAAGAAGUUUUGGUAAACAUCCAGCCAGUUGGCAAACCUUGUGACACAUCCUUCAGCUGCAGGCUUGGAGAAAUUGCGUUCCUAGAUCCAGCCCGUCAACAGACAGCCCCUGAGAAGGUUCAGGACUUUCGUAUUUAUGACACAGUGUGGCUGCGUGGUGCUGGGUCUUCCCCAGGGUCCCCUGAUUGUUGCCUGUAUCUCAACGCCACACUAUGCUGGGAGUACCCAACCGACCUUGUACGGCAUUUUAAGGUAUACUAUCGCCAGCUUGGUGGGCCGAAUCCCAGAAUGUCUGCGGGUCAGCUUGUUGUGGUGGGCCGGGCAUAUUCAAAAUUGUUUAGGAUAACAGAACUCCCAGUCCUUGAGCCCCCAGGCCUGCUGGAACUGUUGGUGGAGCCAAUCACAAGGAAGGCGUCCCCACUGCCAGAGAGCUGCUGGGCAAGAAGAACUGUUAGCUACACUGACACUGAAUGUAAAAACUGUUGAAAAGUCCAAUCCAUCAUGUCACAAUAUGAUAUUCGCUAUGAGAAAAAGCUGUAUCUUCAGAUUCAGAUGUAUAUUGUUUUCACAAAGAUUAGAGAUGAAUAAAGAUUUGAUCAAAGCAUGAUAUACUGUCUGGUAUACUUCAGAGGAACCCGUUUUUGUCAACAACCUGCGCAAGUCAACCAACUCAUGAAGUGUUCUAUGUAAGUCAGGGAGGCAGGUGAGGCUCUUCACCUGUCAUCAUAAAUAUUAAUGUUUGUCCAUUGACCUGUAUUAUAAAUGUAUCUUCCAUCUGAUUCCAGUGUUUUUUUUACAAACAUUUUCUUCAUUAAAAUAGCUGAAUUUGCACAUUUCCAGAAAUGAAUGAACUCUAAAAUGGGCUUAGUGCUCAAGUCCUGCCUGUCUGAAUGCACUAUUUUUUCCAUGGUUGUUUAAUCACACUCACCAGCAAUUUCAGACU